AAUAUAUUGAAGAGUCUCGUCCCAUCCCAAUUUCCAACUUCCAACCCAAAUUGGUAUCUUUGUUCUAAACUUGAACCGCCCUAAUUCACCCAAAUCUAAAAUUAAAAUUCACAAAAUUGUACAUUCUGUCUUGUUCAUGGUUGUUCAUAUGUCACUGCUCUAUUUUGCGUAGAAAUCGAGAAAAAAAAAUGAAUGCGCAGCUUCAUCUCCGUUGUAAUCAUUGCAUUUUGCUUCCACCGACGUCCUUUUCGUCUUCACACACAUUUUCUGUACUGAAUUGUUCAAAUGAAAACAGAAUCAUAGGACUUGGGAGAUUGGGUUUGAACGAAAGAAUAUUAGCAAACAGGACAGUAACUAAAAGAAAGAAUUCAUGUCGUUUGGCCAUUAGAGCAUCGGCAGGAGUAUGGGAUAGUUGGAUGCCAGAAAAGUCUUCGAAAGCUCCUCCACUAAGUGACAUUAUUUGGCCUUCUGCAGGGGCAUUUGCGGCAAUGGCAAUGCUAGGAAAAAUAGACCAAAUAUUGGCAGCUAAAGGGAUAUCUAUGACUAUAGCUCCACUAGGAGCUGUUUCUGCUGUACUGUUUGCUACUCCUGCUUCUCCCGGUGCUAGGAAAUACAAUAUGUUUAUGGCACAAAUCGGUUGUGCAGCCAUUGGUGUUUUGGCAUUCACAAUAUUGGGCCCAGGUUGGCUAGCUCGAAGCACCGCCCUUUCUGCUGCAAUGGCUUUCAUGAUUUAUACUCGCUCUGUUCAUCCUCCUGCUGCAAGUUUGCCGCUGUUAUUCAUUGAUGGAGCUAAGUUGCAUCAGCUCAACUAUUGGUAUGCUCUGUUCCCUGGAGCUGCUGGAUGCAUUCUUCUCUGUUUAAUACAAGAGAUUGUGUGUUACCUAAAAGAGAAUGUCAAAUUCUGAUGUACAAAGUCAAGUGGAUGCAUUUCGGUUUAUAUUUGUGAAUAAGAUCAUAUCAUUCUCAUUCAACCCAGAAAUUGUAUUUGUGAAUAACAUAUAUCAUUCUGGAAAUUAUCAGCAUCAUAUUAUUGUACUAUAUAUUAAAUGUUAUCAGAAAAGUAUCACUAAUUUGUGAUCA